GAGAAACAAUCUUAAAAAACUACCGGUGGGCCACGCCACCGGCGUUUCUUGAAGUACAGAAAGCCACAAGAAAACGUUUGCCAAAUCAUUUCUCAUUAUUAUAAUUCAACACCCUUUUCAUUAAUUUUGUUAAAGUUUUGAACUUUUUGAUAAAUGAAUUCGACUACUUCUUGUUGUUGCAGUAGCAAUACUUGUUAUAAUCCGUUGCUAAUUUCAACCAAACGAUUAGUGACCGGAAUUAGGUGUCAUCUCCGCCGUCACGGCGGCGUAACCCUGAUAAGAAAAAGAGUUCACGGCGGUGGAUUUUGUGGUGUGAAAGCUUCAAUGGUGGAACCAUCUUCUUCAUCUUCAUCUGAGGAAAACUCAGCUAGUUUCUCUAAGCGUAUGGAACAGGCUUGGUUAAUCUCUCAGCAACCAAGGCCAGUUGCUUGUUCUUCGUGUGAGUCUAAUGGGCAUGUCGAAUGCAAAUGGUGUGGUGGGACGGGAUUUUUCAUCCUUGGUGAUAACAUGCUAUGUCAAGUACCAUCCAGAAGCACAAGCUGUGUUAUCUGUGCCGGCAAGGGAUCAACUUCUUGUGGUGAUUGUAAGGGAACUGGGUUUCGUGCAAAAUGGUUGGAACAACCCCCUGUUCAGUAGGUAGCAGAAGAGGCAAGUUGUCAAUUGAAAACUAGAAAGCGCCAAACGCCACACGAUUUUAUGUGUAGAUUUAUUGAUUUAGGCAUUUCCUUGAUUUUAUGAUAGCAAUAGCAGCCACCUUGGACAAUAGUGAUGUAUAUUUCACAUCUUUUGAUUUAGUAAAUGUAGAUUCAUUUUUAUUGUCA